AACGAGUGGAAGAAGUAAGGAACCAACCCAACCAUCUGGAACUCUCUGGUCUAUACGGCAUCAAAAAGCAUUAAUAAGAUUGAAAUCAAAAUCUUUAUGGGUUAUUGAGCACAAUUCACAGACAUCAUCGUAGAAGAACACCCAAUUUGGUUCUCGAGCUGCAGUAGAACUGUGAUCUGACAGAUGGAGAGAGGAAGAGGUAGAGGAGGGAUGCUUGGACUGCUUUUGCUGCAGGCUUUGAGCGAAUACUGCCGCCUUGAGAGAAAGCCGCCCGUCACUGCGGGCCUUAUAGCUGCUAAUACUCUCAUUUACCUCCGCCCCAAAUUCCUUCACACUGUUCUUCCCUCUCUCAAUCAAGUUUGGUUCAAUCCCUACCUUAUUCUCAAGCACAAGGACCUGAAGCGUUUUAUUUUAUCAGCAUUCUAUCACAUUGGUGAAUCACAUCUUGUCUACAAUAUGUUAUCACUGUUAUGGAAGGGGAUACAAUUGGAGAGUGCAAUGGGAAGCAUCGAAUACGCCUCUAUGGUUGCAGCUCUAGUAGGUAUGUCUCAGGGUAUCACGCUAUUGCUAGCAAAAGUUCUUCUGCUCUUUGACUAUGAGAGAGCUUAUUACAAUGAAUAUGCUGUGGGGUUUUCUGGUGUGCUUUUUGCCAUGAAAGUAGUCCUCUAUUCCCAGUCAGACAAUUAUGCAUAUGUGCAAGGAUUUGUGGUGCCAGCACGUUAUGCUGCCUGGGCUGAACUUAUUCUCAUUCAAAUGUUUGUACCUGGUGUCUCAUUUCUCGGUCAUCUUGGGGGAAUACUUGCUGGACUUUUGUAUGUAUAUCUAAAAAGUUCGCAUUCUGGUGCUAAUCCGUUUACAAAGAUAAUUAGGGGACUUACGAGUUUGCUUGGUUGGCCUUUAAGAUUUGCAAACCGAAUGUUUCGACAUUCAAGGAGCCGAGUUUUUGGUAGAGGUACUAUUGGUGGGAGCGAGACAAGAAAUCUAUCUGGUGUGUGGAGAUGUCGAGCAUGUACAUAUGAUAAUAUAGAUUUGUUAAAUGUUUGUGAAAUGUGUGGGAUGGACCAGAAUGGCGAUGCAUUUUGGCCCUCUGAUGGUGAUACUGAGGCAAUUCGCCUCCAGGAAUUACGGCAGCGGAGAGUUCAGAGAUUUGGCCAAUGAUAUUUUGUGAUAUGCGAGUAAACAAGAAGAGUUGAAGGUUUGAAAAAGAUUCUUGAAAUGCUUCCGUUCCAUUGGAGAGGAUGAGAAGACCGGUGGCGUGUUGAAGUAUUCUUGAAAUGCAUGAAUUUUAUAGCAAACUAAGUGAUGAGCAGAAAUCUCACCAGUGAUCUGAAAGAACUGACAUGUGCAUGUAUAUUGAUCUAUGUUGAACUUUUAGGAGUCGAUUUCAAGGUAAUAUAUGUGCAGUCAUGUGAUUAUGGUCUUCAACAAAAUUGGCGGGCAACCCAUAUCAAUCCGCCCACCCAAGCCACACCCCAAUUGGCGAAUUAAGAAUGGGUUGGAUCGGUCUUGGACUCCUAAAAAAAGAUUGUAUGGUUAAUAACGGAGUUUGGUUUAUAUUUACGUAAAUCAUAUAGAUUGCGUUUGAUCGCAAUAAUAAUAAGAAGAAGAACACUAAAAUGACCAUACACUCACUGUCCGUAAUCCUGGGAAUGAGAAUGUAGCUCAAGAUACUAAUAUUUUUAACAUUGUUGACGCCCCCAAUUACAAUCUCCAACCCAUUCAACCUUGGACCUAUUAUCAACCAGUCCUCAUAAACGAGCAGCAGCAGCAUCACGAAGCUAACGAAAACCAAAUUCUAAACUCCAACUUCCUGGUCUUGGUAAACGCAAGUUACCACCAUCUUUCUAUAUGCUCUUCGAAUUUGAGGAAGUUCAAUUAAAGAGAACCACCAGGUUGACCUCGAACUUGAUGGAUGAAGAUGUGAAUGGGGAUCUCUUAACGGCAGCGGCUGCCUCGCAGUCCCCCUGAGGAUUAUGACGUGCUUCAUCUGGAAUUACCAAGGUCUGGGGGGUCCAUGAACAAUUCGUCAUUUAAUGAGCUUGUGAAGCGCUAUAACCCCCAUUGGUCUUCCUUCUAGAAACUAAAUGUCACAGUGAAAAGAUCCGAAUAGUAAAGAGACGUCUUGACAUGUACGGUUUUGGAGAAGAUUCAAGAGGGAAAGGCGGGGUCUCGCCCUAUUGUGGAAAAAACGCAUCUUCGUCAACUUAUUGAGUUUUUGUGGUUCCCAUAUUGAUGCUCGAAUACAACAAGAGAUGGCGAGGAUUUUGGAGAUUUCCGGGCUUCUAUGGCGCGCCAGACACAAGCAACCGUUCAGCAUCUUGGAAUUUAUUGAGACACUUGAGUAGGCUCUCUACACUAUCGUGGGUUUGUGCCGGGGAUUUCAACGCUAUUCUAAUGGAUGCGAAAAGAGAAUGGGUUGUCCCUACACCACAAUGGCAGCUUCAAGCAUUUCGGGAAGCUCUCAAUGACAGUGAACUCUCUGAUGUUAGCUUUGUAGGAUUUUCGUUCACAUGGGUUAAUAAUAGGGAAGCGCCUCAUACAAUUUGGAAGCGCCUGGAUAGAGCCUGUAUUAAAGCUGCUAGAAACUCAAAAUGGCCGGACUCGUGAAUCACAGCUUCAACGGGUUUACUUUGAAUAUUCGCCGAUCCUCUUUGACCGCUAUCCAUCUGUCCGGAAGGGAAGGAAACAAGGUACACGGCCCUUACGUUUUGAAGUUUUAUGGAUUAAGUCCAAGACCUGUGAGCAAGUUAUAUCUAAUCUAUGGGGCAACUCCGAGGAAGAGGAUCCAAAUAAGUUUCUGAUGAGAGAGCUCGAAAAUUGUAAACUGGAUCUUAUUAAUUGGAGCAGAACCGGGUUUGGAGAAGUCAGAGACAAGAUUUCUAAGCUUGAAAAGGAAAUUGAUAUUUUGCAAAAAUUGAAUGCUACGGAUGUUGUUCGAACGCAAUUGGCCUGGAGAAUUAUUUCGACUUCUGUCAGCAGAAGAUGUUAAAUAGAAAUAAAGAGGAAAAGCGACUUGGUUAGCCGAAGGGGAUAAAAACACAGCGUGUUUCCAUGCUAAAGCCUCACAAAGAAAAAAGACUAACCAGAAUGAUCGGCUUAAAGAUGAGAAUGGGGUCUGGAGAGACGAUGGUUUUGCCAUCCAGGAUAUUAUUCAAUUUUUUACCUAGUCAAAUCCUUCCGAAAUUGAGAUUAAUAAAGUGAUAAGGACUGUGUCACACUGUGUGACUGAAGAAAUGAAUCAGACUGGAGGAUUACACUGCUGAUGAGGUAAAACAUUCCUUAUCCCAAAUGUUUCUUUUUAAAUCCCUAGGCCCUGAUGGCAUGUCCCCCAUUUUUUACCAGUGCUUUUGGAACAUUGUGGGUCAUGCUACGUUAUCCUGUGUUCUCAACAUGCUUAAUAAUCAUAAUGUUUCUCCUCAGUUAAACUUCACUCAUAUUGUUCUUAUUCCGAAGUGUAAGAACCUAGGAACUGUCUCAUAGUUUUGACCUAUUAGCAUGUGCAAUAUUGUCCUCAAGCUGGUCUCUGAAACAAUCGCUAAUAGGUUGAAACCGUUUCUUAACACUAUCAUAUCCCCUUCUCAAUCUGCAUUCAUACCCGGGCGACACAUUACGGACAAUGUGCUUUGUGGCUUUCGAGUUAAACCACUUUCUUAGAACUAGGAGAGGAGGUCGGGAAGGUCGUAUAGCUAUCAAAUUAGAUAUAAAGGCAUAUGACAGAAUUGAGGCGAAGGUCCUCGAGGGGGUGCUGGUUAAAUUAGGAUUUAAUCAUCUAUUCAUAUCCUUAAUUAUGCUUUGUAUGUCAUCAGUUACCUAUUCCUUUAUGCUCAAUGGAUCACAGUUUGGCUAUCUCCAUCCAGAGAGGGGACCUUCUCUCCCCUUAUUUAUUUACUCUUUGUGCAGAGGCGCUUAGCUGUUUGUUUCAGAAUAGAGAAGCUCGAGGGGGCAUUCGGCGUGUGGCAGUGGCUCGAAAUGCACCAAAGGUCUCCCAUUUACUCUUUGCUGAAGACACCCUCAUCUUCUGCCAAGCAUCGAUUGGGGCUAUGAGAACAGUUCAAGAUAUACUCAAACUGUAUGCAGUUGCUUCCGGCCAGCUGAUUAAUUUCGACAAAUCGUCGGUCUUUUCCAGUCGUAACAUUCCAGCUGAAGAGCGCAAAGAACUGACACAUCUAGGAGUCCAAAUUGACA